AUUGCAUUGCUCGGAAUCCGUACAUUUUGUAGAUGUUCUCUUCUCUCCUGCCUGUUGUUCAUCCGGUGACUAGUAAUUCAUAAGAAAUAAGUCACCAGUGAACUUUAAAAUAAAUAAUAAUUUUUCGGAUAACGCUAGCUCACAAGAUGGCCGACUGUUAUUCGUAAGAUAAUGUCUGGUGCGUCUGGUUCAGGGAGUGGAGCGGGACGCGGCCGGGGCUCCAGCACUGUAGCGGACAACAAAGAAAAGGAAAAUAAACCCAACCCUAAAAUGUCGAAAGCUCUGGGUACAUCGGCGAAGAGAAUCCAGAAGGAACUAGCAGAGAUCACACUAGACCCCCCUCCGAACUGCAGUGCGGGCCCUAAAGGAGACAACUUGUAUGAAUGGGUGUCAACUAUUCUCGGGCCUCCUGGAUCAGUAUAUGAAGGGGGUGUCUUCUUCCUUGACAUACAUUUCUCACCAGAAUACCCUUUCAAACCUCCUAAGGUGACAUUCCGGACUAGGAUAUACCACUGUAACAUCAACAGCCAGGGGGUGAUAUGCCUGGACAUACUCAAGGAUAACUGGUCCCCUGCACUCACCAUUUCUAAAGUCUUACUAUCUAUUUGUUCCUUGCUCACUGACUGCAAUCCAGCGGACCCGUUGGUGGGCAGCAUCGCGACGCAGUAUCUGCAGAACCGCGAGGAGCACGACCGCAUCGCGCGCCUCUGGACCAAGCGUUACGCGACAUGAUCACCCGGCCAGGCCCACUCAUACUCAGCCCAUACCAUUCUGUUCUCAAAAUCAACCCUCCACGUUAAUAUAAGCUUAAAAUGUUUAACAGUAACCCGUUUAGCAUAUUUUGCAUAAUUAUCUGCGUCCCGGACGCGACUCCCGACUGUGACUGUGCGCGAUGUGCGUGUUUCUUGUAAUGGCUUAUUAAUUUUUUUGCAAUUAAUGUGAUGUAUAAACAAGCUUAAACUUGUCCAAAACUUUAAUGUAGGCCUUAUUUACUCAAUGAUAUAUUUUUUUCUGUUAAUCGUUUCUUAUUGUAUGGAUACAGAAUAAUUUUCUUAAUAAAUUUGUAAUUUUAGGUUUUACCAGUGAAUUUGAGUCAAUUUUCCGCGAUGAUGCGAUGAUCUCAUACACUUUGUACUGUUACUGCUUAUGUGCAGUCGGAGUAUCUCUGGCCGACUUCUAUGUUAUAAAUUAAUAAUAAAUCGUAGAUUAUCUCUAACGAUUUUUGAUUUCAGGGUAUGGAUUACAUUGAUUUUGUGUGAUAUAAAAAUGAUGAAACACGCCUGGCGUGGCUUAAAACUGAAUCAUACCAGAUGCCUAUGAAGCAUGGUUCAGAUUUUAUGCAUAAACAUGCUUGAGCCCAUAGCGGUUGUAGUGUAUGGAAUUACACACUAAUUGUGACGUUCCACGGCAAAAGGUACCUUAUGGCGGCUGGCGCUUAGGUCACAUAGCGCCGCAAUAAUAUUGGAGCGGCGUUAAUAAUAGCGUAAGCGCCAACCGCAAUAAGGUACCUUUACCGUCGGACGUGACAUAUACCAUCUCUUAUAAUUCCAUACAUUACUACGGGCUUUCUAUUUAGAAAGCCUGAACAUGCUGCUUAUUCGUCUGGUGUGGUUCGGCCUUUAUUUAAGAGUCAAAUCCACCCUCCAGCUCACUAUUAUUUCUUUGCAUUUACAUAUAUUACGCCGUACUGUGCGAUAAGUGAUAGUGUGCUAGAGGGCAGACCUAAAAGAAGGAUGAAAUAUGGACUCCACUUUAAAUCACCCUCAUAAUUGUGUUGACUUUUGAUACAAGGUACAAAUAAUUGAUUUAUUGUUGAAAUCUCCAGUUACCGAUGACCGAAGAAUCAUUUUAUACGUACAUCCCCUCUGCCAUAUGUAACGCGCAAUUUUUAAGGCCUGUGCCGAUGUCAAGUUUGAGUGUAUGCUGGGAUGACUUUAUUCAUAACAUGAAUAGAAUGGUUAAUUAACUACUCGAUGUUUCCUAAAAGAUGUGAUGGUCAUAUUUUGAAGUUGUUGUAUUGCCUUAAUUUGAGUGAAAUUUUUGAGUCUUUAGAUAAGUUUUUACUUGGUCCUAUUGUUUUGAAAUAGAUAGUAAAUUUAAUUGAAUCAAUCCUAGGUUGCGUGUUUUAAACUAAUUUUCAUUAUUUGCGUGCAAUGGUUGAUAACAUAGUCACUCGUUUUUGAAAUAAAGUAAUCAUAAUAAAUGUGAAAUGACUGAUGGUCCAGCAAUAUUUCCAAAUUACGGUUUUAACUAUUUAAGUAUCUCAUAGUUGUUUUGCAGGAUUGCUGUAUCGAAUCGAGCAGUGGUUGGACAAUAUAGAUUCAUUAGUUCACAAAAUAAAACAUAUCAAGCUUUGAUCCAAUAGUGGGUGAUUUGAUUACUAUUCUCGCGGGUUCCCGUCGGGAUAAGGUAAGGCUUCCGAUAAGCGCACUCAGAUGUGCCAAAUCAUGAAAUCAGUCCAAACGCAUGACCACUUAUCUGUUGUCAUUACUCCGUGUAUUUUUUCUAACAUAUUCCGUUUAGCAUGUAAACAAUUAUUAGAAAUAAGUUAUUCUACUAUUUAGGUAAUGUGUAAUGUAUGUCUUAACCAUAGUUCUAAUUAAAAUUAGCUGUGUAAUGAUUUUAGUGGGAGUAUGUCGCGCGUAUAUGAAUGUAUUGACGAUCCCGUAUGGAAUGAAAGACAUUCGUUAUUUUUGAUGAAAUCGGUGAUAACAUGGUGUAACUGGUGCUGUGAGGUUCACAUGCUUGCGACAUACAAUAGAUAAUCGAAUACUGGGAUGGUAUUCAAGACUGGAUAUUUUUGUCAAUGUGAUUUUUAAUUAUUUUGUACUAUGACUAUGUUGCUUGCAAUCGACAGCCUGUAUUUAACGCGACUGAGGUUCCUCUGAAUCGAUGGACUUCGGACCCUUGUAACCAUCCUCUGUUACAAUUUGUAUCAUGGUAUAAAAUAGAAAAAAAUAAAAUUGUGUGUAACUAGAACACC